CAAGCGAUGCUAGUUCAGUCGUAUAAAGACAACACUCCAACACUUUACGGUAUAUAACAUUCUCUCAUCAGUUUGUUUCUGCUCUGUAAAUUUCCGCAAACUAAGUACGUAUAAGGAAAUAUAUUGAGAGAAUCAGGUAUUCGCAUCUAUUGACCGAACUACGAUCGAGGUGGUGAAACAUAAACAUUUUGUUAAGAUCUCGUUUAGUCUUUGUCGACUGAUUGAGGUAUAACCGUGUGCAUUAUUAAAUUGUUCAAACUCAGGUGUUGUUUUUGUGUGUGAAUAAAUAUGAAGCUUCACCAGAUCGCAAUAGCAAUAUUGGUUUUGUGUAACUAUGAAAUCAAAGUGCAUGGACACAAAAUUAAAUCAGUUACCUGUGGCAGGCGAUUAUUGAAACAUGAAGCACUUAUUGUGGAUGGGUCUGCAUCGAAAGAAGGAUUUUGGCCAUGGCAUGCAAGCAUUUUGCAUAUCGAUGUUAAUGUGAAUAUUAACUAUAAAUGCGGUGGUACGUUACUGAAUUCGAAUGCAAUCGUAACUGCAGCUCAUUGUGUUCACGAAAAUGGCCAGCCAAUAGUGCCGUCCAGAGUGUUGAUUCAAUUGGGAAGAAAUAAUUUGAAAGUUUCUGGCCCAAACAGUCAAGAAUUUGAGGCCUUUAAGAUCAUUCCUCAUCCAAACUAUAACAUCUCCAAUUUGAGAAACGACAUCGCUAUCAUUUCACUUGCAACCAAAGUCACUUUCAACGACUACGUUCAGCCCAUCUGUUUGUGGAGCGCAAAUAAAAUCGAUUUAUCGGAAGUUGUGGGCAAACCAGGUACAGUAGUUGGUUUUGGCGUUACGAAAACCGAUAAAAUUGCAUACACCCUACAACAAGCGGUUAUGCCAGUGGUUAGUAUAGCCACUUGUCUUGGUAGCGACAAUGCUUUCUACGGCCAAUUCCUCUCGGAUUUUGCAUUCUGUGCUGGUUCUCGAAAUGGAACAACUGCAUGUAACGGUGACAGCGGUGGUGGAAUCGUAUUUGAAGAUGAAGGAGUUUAUCGUAUACGAGGAAUUGUAUCAUUAACUCAGGUUCGACCAGGAGAACGUCGAGAUCUGUGUAAGGUUGACGAAUAUGUUGUUUUCACUGAUGUUGCAAAAUAUAUUGAUUGGAUUGAAGAGAACGUACUUACGCUACCAUUACCACCUACAGAAGUCACUGCUCAUACACACAAAGAAUCCUCAAAUGAUGAUAAUGGGAUCAAUUACUGUUACUUCUUAGGAAACGACUUAACAAAUGCCCAGAUACCAAGAGAAUAUUGUAGUGAUCGGUGCGCAUCUACGCCAAGCUGUACACAUUUCACGUGGAACGCCUAUAAUGGUGGAACUUGUUGGAUGAAGAAAAACCGAGUGACACAAAGCGAUGCACACGUUAGCCAUGAUAAUGAAUCAGUGUGUGGGAUUGUUGAAAAUGUCUCUCGCAUCACUUGGUUGCCGAACGAUUGGGCGGUUGGAUGUGAUUUUUGGAAAAAUAGUCUUUAUGACGUUAGAAGUAGUGGUGCCGAAUGUAGCCAUCGAUGUGGUUCUACACCAGGUUGUACGCAUUACACAUGGACUGAUUACAACGGUGGAACGUGUUGGAUGAAACAAAACGCGGUUAGCAAAAGCGACGCAUUUGUAAGCAAAGACAAGUCGGCAGUGUGUGGUGUCAUUUCGGAUAAAAUCACUUGGAAUGGGAAUUGGGCACUUGGGUGUGAUUUUCAUGGCAACGACUUACAAAGUGUUCUGUCGACAGGGGAAGAAUGUGGAGGUUUAUGCGCUGCUAAUCCUCAAUGCACUCAUUUUACAUGGAAUAAUGGAACGUGUCGGAUGAAACAAAAUGUGGUUAGCCAAAGCGAUGCACUUGUAGUCAGAGACAAAUCUAGAGUGUGUGGAGUCAUGAUUGCUGAAGCACUCACCUGGAAUGGAAAUUGGGCACUUGGGUGUGAAUUUGAAGGCAACGAUUUGGGAAGUGUUAAAUCGAAGGGAGAAGAAUGUGGAGCUAUAUGUGCUGCUAAUCCUCAAUGCACUCACUUUACAUGGAGUUAUGGAACUUGCCGGGUGAAAAAAUACAGUGGUGUGACCAAGGAAGCGGCUGUUAAAGUCAACGACAUGUCAGUUACAUGCGGUGUCAUCAGGAGUAUCGUUUGAAAACUUUUUUAUCUUUAUUUUUUUACUGACAACAAGCCAUAAUGUUUAGCAAACCUGAAUGAGUAGUGAAACCGGAAAAGGGAUAUCAGGUUUUGAGGUUUCUGGGAAACCUUCACAUGCAUUUAUUUUUUGAAGUAUUUUAAUAAUAUAAGUACUUGUAUGAUGUUCACCUAAUCCAUCAUUUCAUAUAUUAAAUAAACUUUACUUGAUUACUUGUA